AUGCUCACGAGGGACGGUACCCCAGCCCCGGACUGCCUCGUCGCGCGCGUCGUCCCCGUCGAGACGUACCCGUCGCGGACCCCGCCGCUCGUGGAGGUCCACCCCGUCGGCGCGCUGAUUCAGCACAGGAUGGACGCGGCGCUCGCGGCGAUGGACGAGGAACACGCCGCAUCGGACGGCGACGUUUGCGUCUUCCCCUUCGUCACGCGACUGCGCGAGAUGGCGCGCGCCUGGAGGGACGAGGACCGCCCGUCGCGACGCCCCGAGCGGGACGACGCCGCCGCCGCCGACGACGACGACGACGACGCGCCGGGCACGGGCACGGGUCGGGGGGAGGAGGCCGAGACGGGCGAUGCGGAGUGGGAUCCAGUCGCGAUCGAUGCGGAGCUCGCGUCGCUCGCGAUGACGAUGACGGAGCGAGGCGCCCGCGACGGCACAGCCGGCACAGCCGGUGACGACGACGCAACCGGGACGGACCGCCCCGGGGUUGGCGCGUGGACGGACGAAUCCGUGCGUCGGUCCAUCGUCGCCGGCCCGCCCUUCACCGAGAAGAAGAGCACGUUUCAGGGAUUCCUCCUCAGCGACGUGACGUCGCUCGAGCAGGUGGACGCGAUGCUCCGAGCGCUGCAGCGCGACAGCAGGAUCGCUCGAUGCUCGCACCUCAUGGCGGCGUGGAGGAUCGCGCUCCGGGGCGAUCCGCGCGACGACCCAGACGGAUGCGUUUGGGCGCAGGACCACGACGAGGACGGGGAGACUGGCGCGGGGCGGGGGUUGUCGCACCUCCUUCGCGUCACGCAGUCCGCCGACGUCUGCGUCGUCGUCGCGAGGUGGUUCGGGGGCAUACACCUGGGCCCCGCGAGGUUCCAGCUCAUCAACAACUGCGCGAGGGACAUGCUGGAGCGGUGCGGGUUCGUCGAGGGUAAGGGCGGGGGUAGUAAGGGCCGGGGUAAGUCUAAUAAUAAGGGCGGGUAG